CGCACAUGUAAACACGGAGAGAAGAGCCCCAAAGAGGGGCAGAUCCAGGGACUUCUGUCCCAUCCAGCGCUUCCUGCCGUGGUCAGACAGGCGCCCCCAGGACAACGCACGGAAGUAGCAGGUCUCCUGCUGGCAGUGCCCGAGUAGAUGGAGGAUCGAUGUGGAUGCCCUGAAUGGGUCUCCAGGGCUAUCCAUUAAUUCUGUGCCAGCCUGAGGCCGCCGGACGCCGGACGCGAUGGCCGCGGUGGCGGAAGAGGAGCGCGACACCCGUCCGUGCAGCAACUGCAAAAAGGAUAUUCCUGUGGCAAAUGCCGCCAUCCAUGAAAUUCACUGCAGCCGGAACAUUCGGAUGUGUCCGGUCUGCAUGGAGCCUUUCCCGAAAUCGGAGAUGAGAAGCCACCUGCAGCUGGUGCACGAGCAGGUUACCUGCAAGUGCAGCAGGAAGAUGGAAAGGGGACUGUUGCAGGGGCACAUGGCCUCGGAGUGUCCCCUGCGGCCUGUGACCUGCCAGCACUGUGAGAUCGAGCUGGCCUUCAGCAAGCUGCAGGAGCACGAGGACUACUGCGGGGCACGGACUGAGCGCUGCGGCAGGUGCGGCCGCAACGUGAUGCUGCGGGACCUGAAGCGGCACCCGGAGGACUGUGCGAAGCAGGCAGAGGAAGUGAGAGACCCCCAGGCCAAGUCCUGCUUGAACUCCAAGGCGAUUUUCCGUACCGUGCCGACGAGCCGCAACAACGUCCAUCCCGACGUCGCUGUGGGUUCCCUGCCGAGAGUGAGCAGGAUUCCAGAAAGUAGACUUUACAAUUAUCUCUCAGGCGACCAGCUCCCCAGAGAGCUCGGCAGGAGGGGUGUUGUCUUGCCGCACGAACAGGAUCGAGCCCACCUGGGGAAGCUGACCACUCCCCCGCCCUUCGGAGGAGAGCCGGACGAUUACAACUUGGACUACCUGCUGGCUCUGAGCUUGCAGCAUGAGCAUAGCUCUUGCGAACCCAGAGGCAUAGAGGACCCGAGGGACUUGUGGACGAGCAUCUUGCCUCCCAGGACAAGGCCGGCGGAGAACGUGGAGGUGGCGCGUGGCUCCAGCAUCUUCUCUCAGGAUUUGCCGAUGCCUCCGGAUGUUUCAGAAAGGUCCCCAGCUGAGAUCCUGCUGCCGUGUGAAUUCUGCGAAGAGCUGUUUCCCGAGGGAGAGCUGAUUCUUCAUCAGACCGGCUGCAGCCCGAGCAGCGCGCUGGCCUCCUUCAGCAAGAGCAGCGCCUUCAUCCCGCAGUCUGAGCGCCUCUGGGCCCUGUGGGAGCAGCUGCAGAAGGGCCGCAGCCAGUCCCCUGAGGGUGGCAGCGAGAGGCGCCCACUCCAGCCGGAGUCCUGCGGCUGCCUCAUGCUCCCCUGCGAGUUCUGCGGCGUCCAGCUCGAGGAGGAGAUCCUCUUCCACCACCAGGAUCAGUGCGACCUGCGUCCCGCCACCGCCACCCCCUCUGCAGGAGGAGCCCCGCUGCGCGAAGGGGCUCAGGCUCGGCCGGCCACAGAGCGGGCCGAGUCGCCAGAUCCGCCGCGGAGGCGCCUGCGCCAUCAAGGUGAAGUCUCCCCUCAGUAUCUCGAGGAGCUCAGCCCGCAGAACUCUCCCGGAGCUCCCCAGCUGGUCCAGGGGAGCUGCCCCCGGGCCACUCAGGUGGCUGUCAGGCGCAUCCAGCUGACCUCUCCUAACAACCUGCGGGAGAACCACACCGGUCCCUCCAGGGCACAGAACUCCAAGGACCUGGGUGGUGGCUGUGGGAGACUACCAAGCCGGGGCCAGGAUGACCGUGCAGCCGGCCCCCAGGCUCCCAGGGCCUCGGCCCCCAGCUUUCCUCCGAGCAUCUAUGAGCCAAGCUUCCCAGGGACCAUCCCAACUCGGCCCAGCCUGAUGAAUGAAGGAGGCAGAAGUCUGGCGAGGGCCGCACAUGGCAGCAGCACCAAGGCCAAACCCUGGUGCGCCGAAUCGAAUUAUCCCGACAAUGAGUAGGGAAGUUUCUUGGGCCCUUCUGGUGGAUUGCCUUUUCCGGCACUUUUUCCAGAGCAAGGCCUUGUCUGUGCAGCUUGUUUCAAUGUGGCAGUGAUUAUUGUCGGUGGAGCUAACAGCAGCGUAGACGUAACUCUGCCGAAAGUCGGCCCUAGGAGCCCCGUGGCUCCCACUUGAGGACUGCUUCUUGGGAUGUGCAAGUGUGCUUCUGCUCUGGGGUGGGGAUGAGCCUGCUUGUCUACCUGUAGCUCCCAUUUGGAGUCUUCUGCGUGUUGUGUGUGAGGGGGCUUGGCCUUGCGUUCCUGUGGAGAGCCGCUGUGCGCACCCCUGGGCACGCACCGUGGAGGCAUUCACAGCUGCGUUGCUGGCUCAGCCCGCGGGCCUUGUGGGGAUGCGUGCUCCUGACGUCUUGGGCUUUUGCUGCAGGCAGUAAUUCUUCUCCCUGCACUUGGGAAUCGGCUCAUGUCCUCAGUCAGGUGUGCAAAAAGCCAUAAUACGCCAUGGCUGUGUCUGUGUGUAAAUAACAUGAUCUUGAAUACCGGAAGUGCCCAGUUAAAUGACCUAAAUUGUGACAGGCUUCUGUUGUUUUUUCUCUGUGCUGAUCGUUCUGGACCGGAGCCUGUUUGUUUUAAAAUUCUUGUAAUAAAACUUUGUAAGUUA